GUUGGUGGGAGGCCUCGCGGAGGGCGCGCCCUGAAGCUGGGCGGCCUGUGCUGAAAGCUCGGAGUCAAGAUGGAGGACGUCGAUUGCUCCGCGGGGGUCGGAGACCUGGUGGCCGUGUCCCCGGGGGACCUGAGCAUAGUGCCCGAGAGGCUUCAGCGGCGGGAGCAGGAGCGGCAACUGGAGGCGGAAAGGCGCAAGCAGAAGCGGCAGGGCCAGGAGGUGCAGGAGGAGAAGAGCGGCUUCUUUGUCGCCGCCUUCUCGCGUGAGCGAGCGGCCGCGGAGGAGCUGCUGCGGGGCGAGGCGUCGGCCGAACGGCUGGAGGAGGCGGCCGCCCGGCUGCAGGGGCUACGGAAGCUCCUCAACGACUCGGUUGUGUUCCUCGCCGCCUACGACCUGCGGCAGGGCCAGGAGGCGCUGGCGCAGCUGCAGACCGCCCUGGCGGAACGGCGCCAGGAGCUGCAGCCCAAGAAGCGCUUCGCUUUCAAGACGCGGAGGAAGGAUGCUGUCGGGGCCGCCAAGGUGGACGCCGCACCUGUCGCCCCGGCCGCCCCUUCUCCGCCCUUGACCGAGAAGGGGGGCCCGGACGCCAGCUGGGCCUGUGGCUUCUCCAACCUUGAGUCCCAGGUCCUGGAGAAGAGCGCGGACGAGCUGCACCAGCGCGACAUCCUUUUGACCGAGCUGAGCAACUGCACCGUCACUCUGCGAGGCAACCCCAACACCUUACGACUGGCCAAAGCCCGCGGCUGCAAGGUGCUCUGCGGUCCGGUGUCCACUUCGGUGUUCCUGGAGGACUGCAGUGACUGCCUGCUGGCGGUGGCCUGCCAACAGCUCCGGGUACACACGACCAAAGACACCCGCAUCUUCUUGCAGGUGACCAGUAGGGCCAUCGUGGAGGACUGCAGCGGCAUCCAGUUCGCCCCAUACACCUGGAGCUACCUGGGGAUCGACAAGGACUUCCAGGACUCUGGUUUAGAUAGGAACAAAAAUAACUGGAACGCCGUGGACGAUUUCAACUGGCUGGCCCGAGACGUGGCCUCCCCAAACUGGAGUAUUCUUCCCGAAGAGGAGUGGGAGGUCCAGUGGCACUAAGCAGUUGUCACUCUGUACCUCACUCAUACCAAAUAUUUAACGCGAGGGUAUGACUAAUUCAGUGGCGCCCGAUUCAGUUCACGGACUGUUGUCACAUUGUUUAUGUUUGCUAAGUAUUUUAGGUCUUGAAAUUUAUGUUAAGAGGCCCCUCCUUAGGUGUUCCAUUAAAUUCUUGACAGAGCAUAAUAACACAGGGCUUUUUGCGACUUUGGUAAUGUCUCCAAGCCUUUCUUUGAUAGUUUGAAGCAUUAAGGGUUUGAAGGAAUGGUGGUUUGGGUCUUGAGUGAUUUGUGGGUCUUUAAAGUUGAUCACGAUGCUUGAUAAAGUAGAUCUUUAAUAAAUAAUAAGGGAAGUCAGUGGAAUUCCACUGGUAGAACCUUGGAAGUAGUAAGUCUCCAUAAAGUACCAUUAGCGGGUUCUUUUGUUUUUUUUGUUUUUUUGUUUUUUUUCCAUCAAAUGUUUGAACGGUGCCCUCCUCAGUGUGACUGUCCAGACUGCUCUCUCGAGCUACAUCUUAGCUCUGGGCUUCUGGAAUCCUGGGUAUAGGCCAAAGUUUGAACGAACCCCUAGAGGCACAUGAGACUUCCAACUGUAAGACUAAAGUAGUUAUUACAGAUACUGAUCUUUCGUGAAUGGUACAUUGUUCCAAAUCCCUCACUCAUGUUACUCUUAAACCCUCAAAAUCUGAUGUGUUGGCACCAUUUUUCAAGUGUGAAAAAAGGUAAUUAAUUGGCCAAAGGUCACACAAAGUACAACUGGAAUUUGAAGCCAGGUAGUCUGGCUCUGGACUGCAGUCUUUUUGUUUUGUUUUGCUUUGCUUUGCUUUGUGUUUAAGGCAGGGGUUUUAUUUAUCUGGAACUUGCUCUGUAAUGCAGGCUGACCUUGAACUCUCAAUGAUAUACUUCAGCCUCCCAAGUUCUGAAUUGCAGACAGAAACCUUCAUUCCUGGCAGGACUCCAUUUUUUUAUUAUUAUUUUUAUUUAUGUCUAUGAAUAUUUUGCCUGUAUAUGCAGAAUUGUACCAUCUGUGUACAGUGCCCACAAAGGCUAGAAGAGGGUGUUGGAUCCUCUGGAACUUUCAUUUCAGACAGUUGUAAGCUACCACAUUGGUUUGGAACCCGAACCCAGAUCCUCUGCAAGAGCAGCCAGUGCUCUUAACUGUGGAGCCAUCUCUCAAGCCCCAUCUUAUGAAUAACCACCACAUGCUGAUUGUGACUAAUGUGAGAGGUGUUGGAAAGAAAGUUUCCAGAACACAGAGAGCAGAUUGCUCUUCUUGGUCAUAAUUACGCUGCUUAGAUGUCCUCUUACAGAGGGAGUUGCAAUAAACAUCCAGCUGAGUUUUAA